UCCGAUGUCUAACGCACAUGUGUUCAGGGGGUCCAAGACAUUUGAUUUGUUUCAAAAACUGGAGCGUGGAUCUUAUUAUGGAUGUCAUAGAAAGUGCGUUGAGUUUGAAAUGUAGCUUGCAAGACACACACAGUAAAAGAAUGGACGUCCUAGCCAACUCUAAAGUGAUGAUAUUGCAAGAGGUGAACGAACCGUUUCUUAACAUGGCGGUAUCGAAAGCGGCGACGAUGCUCGGCGCGUAUGACGUCAGCAUUACUGAUCAGCUGGUGUGGGAGCAUGAUUAUAUGGGCAGGGUUUUCUCGUAUAUGGCGGAUGCCAUUUUCGUUUCGACGAUGACGCACAUGUGCGCGCAAAGGUUCGCGGCACAGUCUACUGUGCCAGUUCUGUGCAUGCGUUCCAGGACACACGCGACAAUACAGGCUUUAGCCACUGUCAUGGCUGUUAUUGAACAAUUUGGUACAUUACGUGGAGUGAAUCUAUCAUACGUUGGUUCACCUCAUCCUGUUUUGAACUCUUACCUUCUGUUGUGUCCGAUGCUCGGCGCUAACAUCAGAUUCAAAUGCUGCUGCGAGAAAUGUCCAGUAAGUCCACUUCUGUAUAAAGCCAGCGAAGAAAUCGUGGAGAAAUCCUACACUGAGCUCAAGGGAUGUUCGUGUAAAAACAAAGCGUUGCAAAACGCACACGUCAUCGUAUCUGGCCCAAGCAAUGUGAAGAAAAUUGAUGAAUUCAGAUUAUGUACCAAGGAUAUAGAAUCAAAUACAAACAAACCUUGGAUAUUUUUCCACACUGGUCCACGAGGGAAAGAGGUGGAUGACCAACUGUUUAAUCAUUGCAACUCUAGAACUUUUAAUGCCUUUGAGAAUUUUCACUAUAUAGCUGCUGCAAUGAUGGCAUUUAUGUUAUGAAGAAUUAUAAAUUUUGAUUGUACAAUAAAGAUUUACA